GCACUCGAUGAUUGACUCAUGGCAUUCGGGCCGCAUCGAGAGAUUCGGUAAUACCAGGACAACGAAUUCGGUCUGGCAGUCUGUUAACUGUUAGCGGGAUUCUCAAACAGCUUACCGCAAAGCGCAAUUAAUUUUCCAAAUUGUAUUAUUUGUCAUAUGUUUUGUUAUAUAAUUGGCUUUGCCAGCCGAGUUGGCAAAACACAGGGACGAGGGACUGCAGCCAGAGUACGGGAAGUUGGGAAAGUCCGUAAAACUGAAUGGAAUCGAUUGAGUUUCAUUCAUGAGCACGUUCAGGCGCCGUAGGAUAUCUACCUGCCUAAGCGUGGGAAAGUUGAUAACGCGACGGCCAAGAUCCUCCAAGUCGGCCUGCCUCACAGGUAGAGCGCUACGAAAUUGGGCUGCUCCGCAAUUGCGUCGGAUCGCCGGGAUCUGUUGGGUUAUUUGUGCGACGCGCUGGGAGUUUCUUCUGUUCAUGAAAAAGUCCCAAGUGGAAAAAAGGCAAAUUUCCGGUUUUUUGAUCUCGUCUCGUAUUUCCCACGGCCCACAGUUCCUACACUGGGUAUAAAACCGAGCGGUUGGCUCCAGCCAGGACACAGUCGACCUAACGACAGCAACGAGAACACACACACACACCCAGAGAACACCAUGUUUUAUAUCAUACAAAUAUUCUUGAGCCUGGCGAGCAGUGCAACGGCUGCCAGCUUGACGGAGCCACUAAACUACUACCAAUACACACAGUUCCAGGCGCCACUCUCCUGGGAGGCCAUCAGYAGCAGCAGCUUGGACCAGGCCAUCGCCAGUUGUCAGCGGAGCUUCAAGUGGCAGCGCUGGAAUUGCCCCAACCAGGACUUUAUCAGGCGUCGCACGUCACCAACUCCAGCCCAGGCGCUGGAUCGCGAAGACGUCUAUGUGGCUGCCAUCUCCAUGGCCUCCAUCUUGCACACGCUCACCAAGGACUGCGCCAAUGGCGUCAUCGCUGGCUGCGGCUGCACCGACAGCGCCCUCAACGUGCCCUGCGCCCAUGAGCCGGCCAAGGCCAUGCAGCUGUACGAGCAGCGCUAUGGCGUGGGCUCCGGAGCUUUGGGCCACAAUCAGCGCGUGGUGGGCGCGCUAUUGGAGAAGUCGCUGGAGCAGGAAUGCCGCUGCAUCCAGCACAGUCCGCAAGGCAGCUGCCUGGAGAAGAAGUGCGUGCAGGUGCUCAAGCCAUUCGAGUCAAUUGCCCAGGACCUGCUCAACAUGUACGACGACGCCAUACAGCUGGACACGACCGCCAGCAACCUGAAGAUCAUGUGGGAGAACAUACCGCUCGACUCGCUUGUCUAUAUGCUGGACUCGCCCAACUACUGCCAGCCGGAGGCGAGCGGGCGCUGGACGGGCACCCGUGGACGCCAGUGCUCCAAGCACACGGGCAGCACUGCCGACGAGCGCCUCUCCUGCCAGCAGCUCUGCCGCGUCUGUGGAUUCCGCGUGCGAUCCCAGCACCUGCGCAGCGAACGGCGCUGCAACUGCAAGCUGGUCUGGGGCUUUCGCCUGCAAUGCGAUGUUUGCAUUCAGCUGGAAAGGCACUACAGCUGCUACUAAGCCAGAGAGAAAGAGAGGGAGAUAGAGCGAGAGAGGUAUCCACAGAGAGUCGGAGAGAGAGCGAGACUUAGCCAAUUGAGGGCGCUGGUUGAGCCCAGCCACAGCUGCAAUUAUUUAGUUAGACCUAAGCUAAUUUAUAUAUGCAUAACUCUAAUUUAUUGACAACAAUAAUAAU